AUGGAUGUGAGUGCGGAAGCACCGCUCCGCAUCGGUAACUUGCGGUCACCGAAAUCGGACAAGCCUUUGGUGGCGAUUGGCAUCGAGGGCAGCGCCAACAAGAUCGGGGUGGGGUUGCUUCGGUACACUCCGCCGGCCCCCCGAAAUGGCGGUGACGGCGACGGCGGCGACGCCGAGGGCGAGGGGAGCUACGACAUCCUGUCCAACCCCCGAAAGACGUACCUCACCCCAGCGGGCACGGGCUUCCUGCCGAGGGAGACGGCGUACCACCACCAGCAGGUGAUUUCGUACUCACGACAUCGGUAUCGCAUCUUUGGCGAGACGAUCGACAUGGCCAUCGGAAACUGCCUGGACAAAUUCGCCAGAGUUCUGGGUCUGUCGAACGACCCUUCUCCCGGCUACAACAUCGAGCAGCUCGCCAAGAAGGGCACCAAGUUUGUCGACCUGCCCUACGGUGUCAAGGGAAUGGACGUGUCCUUCACGGGCAUCCUCUCCCACGUGGAAGGCCUAGUCAAGGGCGGGAUGGAGUCCGGCACGUGCACGGCUGCCGACCUGUGCUUCUCGCUGCAGGAAACCCUGUUCGCGAUGCUGGUGGAGAUAACAGAGAGGGCUAUGGCGCACUGCGGGAAGAACACGGUGCUGAUAGUCGGGGGCGUGGGAUGCAACCGGCGGCUGCAGGAGAUGAUGGGGCUCAUGGCGGCGGAGCGCGGCGGCCGUGUGUGUGCGAUGGACCACAGGUACUGCAUAGACAACGGCGCCAUGAUCGCCCAGGCGGGGGUGUUCCAGUACAUGCACGGAGGCGGCACCGAGCUAGAGGACACCACGUGCACCCAGAGGUUUCGCACGGAUGCAGUGGACGUGGCGUGGAGGCCACCUUGAUUAACCCUUCAACCCUUCCCUCACCUCUUGUCUUUUUUUGUUCUCAUGUAGGCACGAUGGAUGGAAGGGGGGGGGGGGGGGGCAUGAUGGAAUGCUAAAGG